GCGAUACGAACACGACGCACAGUCGCACAUCUCUCUGUCUGAGAAUUCAACCACGUGAUUGUCGGCGCAACCGAUCGCUCUUGUCUUUUCUUUUCGUUUUCAACAUCGUGCGUAUGAUGGUAGUUAGUGGUGAUGGUGCAGUUGAUAAUACUCGCAGAUAACGAUCAAUGUUGAUCAGGUAAACAAUCUCGCAAGGGAGUCUCUCAAGGAGACAGAAAAAUAAACUCAAUUGCGAGAGCAGCAAAGUUUACCCUCUAUCUCCGUCUCUUCCUCGUCCACUGUUUGUCCAACGUCAAAGUGACGACGGCUUCACAUGCGAUUACUGGUCGGUUGGCAAACAGUGUGUUCGUUUGCCGGACUGAUUACUGGAUUGGAGGGAAAAGGAGAUUCGUUUCUCCGUGACGUAGACGACAUCGCAGGUGGAGAAUCGUUAAGCGAGGACGGGAGAUAAUUUAUUCUUUCUAGCUAGAAACUCGUUCAAAUGUUCUCGACGAUUAUAAUGAUUCCGAUCCAUGCGUACCUUUAAUUAUUUUUCUCGUUGAAUUUCAUUAAUGUCUACUCUUAACGACCAGGAAUACAUCUUCCGCAUGCUUUGUUCUUUGGCAAUCGAUGAGAGUUUCAAUAGCGUAAAAGCAAUGGGAUACCUAUAUUUUCUUCUUUUCACGUAUAAUAACAAAAUACUGGUGUUCUAUUGAUUCGGAAUAAACAAGCGUAAAAUUCUUUGAGCAAACGCGCGAUAGCGUGCUGCAGCCCUGGAGCUGUAAUAGAGAACGAGAGGGAAAAGAGCGCGGUUAGCGGCAUCUCUUCCUCUCUCGUAAACGGGCCAAUUUUCCGUGGGACGUGAGCGUAUCGCGAAAUGCUCUCGGAGACAGAACAAAGAAAAAAAAAGUCCGUUAUCGGCAUCGAGUCAGUGAAGAGUUAACGUUUCAUUAGCCUCUUCUUUGUCGACAUCCCUUUUAUUUUGAAAAAUAAAAAAAAAAGUCGUUACGCGUUCUUUUUCGCGCGUGUCGCUUUCGGAGAAAUUGUCGAUAGUCGAGGGAAAUUGCCCAUCGUAAAAAAAAAUAUAUCAAUCGCCCCCGCCUGAAAAUACCUUCGGCUCGAGUGAACGCGUCAAAGUGCCAAUCUAGAAGUCGGAAAACAGGGCUCGCUGUCGAAAUUCAUCGAGCAAUCAAACUUGUCUCCAUCUCUUCUCGAUCAACGUGAAAAUUUAUUUACCUGUUGCGCGUGUACACAGCGUUCUCGAGUCAAGUAGUCAAUGCAUCGGCAUUUGUUAUUUUGUGCUCUGCGAUCCGGGAACAUUAAUAUUUGAUGAAACGACUGCUAGAUUGGAUUUUUGGAUUACUGGUACUUUCCUCAUUCUCUCUCUACAGUAGCAUGGCUUUUAUUAUUCACACUCGGCUCGAAUGGAUUGGCAGUGGAGUACGCCGUAAAACCAAAACUGCUUCGUAAUAUCUCGUGAACGUAAAAGUCAAUGCUAACGUUGCAAGCUCUUGCAUGACUUGGUUUUGAUACUCCGGAAGAAAGACAUAAGAAACUGAAAAAAGCCGUUUCUUGCCCAGAUAUGGGGGCAAAGGUAAUCCAAAGACUGCCGUGUCGGCGCUUAAGGCGAAGACACUCUACCUCAGGUUCAAUUAAGUUCCCCUUAGCUUUAUUGUCGCUCUCUGUCUCUCUCGGUGGAUAAACAACGAGUUGGAUCGAUCGAACAGAUGGCCCGUUUUUUUUUGUAUUCUCAGCGCAAACGAGGAAUUCCGGCGCCGCGCUAAAAUUAAGUUUUCCGCGAGAGAAAGACAAACGCAUCCUCGAAAAUAGUCAAUUGCCUCACUCUCAUUCUGUUGUUGUUGAGGAGCGCAGUGGUGAAUCGUGCAGUUAGCGCUGAUCCGAAAUCAGUGGCGGGAUGCGACGGCUGGGAAAGUCAUCGAUAGACUGAGUGUUCGUCGAAGAGUGAAUACGAUGGAGACCAACAACAACGGCAACAAGGGAGGAGCGAGCAGUCGAACACGAGGUGCAGACCAUCGCUGGGCGGACAGAAACAGCAGCGGCAGCGACCACUAGCCGCGGCUGUGGUUUCUCGCCGCAACAACCGCAACCUAUUGCAAGGCGCAAGAGGAGCAGUGCUAUGCCUGCCACUGAUGACAACGCUGUCGCCGAGGUAUUUAGGAACCGAGAUGACAAAGACUCGAAGGAGACAAAGACCGCCUCGCUGAAAGGAGACGAAUGGGUCUGGGUAACGGCAGAUACUCGCAUACCGUACGAAGCCAUCGAGACAUUCUGCCGGAAGUCAAGCGAGUUUUGUCCACCUGGUUUACCUGGGUUGCCUGGUGCCAUCGGUUCACCUGGUCAACCUGGGUUCAAGGGUGAACGUGGAUAUGACGGCGAGCCUGGUCUACCUGGACCUAUUGGACCUCAGGGUUUUCCCGGACCGAAGGGCGAUCCUGGACUCGACGGCGUGGACGGCAUACCUGGCGAGCCGGGAUUGGAUGGUCUACCAGGCAGAGCCGGCAAUGACGGCGUGCCAGGCGAAGACGGCAAACCCGGACUCAAUGGCACUCCCGGUGCACCUGGCCGUAACGGCACCGAUGGUAGAGACGGAGUACCAGGACCAGUAGGUCCACCGGGACCGGCAGGUAUGCCAGGUAGAGCGGGUAUGCGGGGGCCGCCUGGUCAGGAUGGUCGACCUGGAGCACCAAGCAUUGUUGCUUAUACACCUUUCAGAAGCAACUCCAGUGAUAUCUCGCUCGACGCUAAGGACAUCCUCAUUUCACCUUCCAUUACGGGCACAAGUAAUUCACAACACCAGUAUAUAGUGGUCGAAGAAGGAGUAAAUGUACGCUUAGCGUGUGAAGCCUCUGGCAAUCCAACACCCAUAAUCCAGUGGCACAGGCCCGAUGGAUUGCCCAUACAGACUGGCUACUGGCACGCGUCCGCAAUUUAUGGAAACUCCUUGAAUCUGUCCUCGGUGCACAGGGAAGACAUGGGAAAUUAUACUUGCACGGCAGACAAUGGCAUACCGCCAAGCUCGACAAGGAAAUAUCGACUCACUGUGAAAUAUGGACCACUAAUAAGGAUAAGGUCGCCUGUGCUGCGAGUACGCGGAGGAUCGAGCGCGUCCCUUGAAUGCGAGGUCGACGCGAACCCGAGGCCGGAGCUCUACUGGGAGACAAGAGACGGCACGAGACUCGAUGCCAAGCCCGACAAGUACAAGAUGCAUGACGAGGACUACAAGAGCAAUAAGGUGAAAAUGAAGUUGCGAGUUAGCAGGGUGCACUCGCUUGAUUACGGCAUAUAUUAUUGCGUAGCGAGAAACGCAGUAAAUCUGGCAAAAGGAGUGAUAACGAUCAAAGACGCGAACGACAAGUCGGCGGAUACGAAGGGUGUGGCACAGUUCGGCAAGUUGCCGCCGCAGCGACCGCAGUUCCGGGAUCUCUGCCCGCCUCAAUUAAACUGCGACAGCUGUCCGCGGGCCAACUGCGGAUUCAUGGGGGUCGAGGUGAAGCCCUUGACUGGCAUCAAUUUCGCAGGCAUGCCUCCACGAAUCGCUGACGGAGUGAUCGGCGCAGUGGGUAUCCCUGUGUUCAAGGGUAAAAUGGAUGACAUGUACGGGGUGUGGAUGCAAGACUCGUCACCGAAGAAUGAAUCGGCGGCUAAUAAACUAUGGGUGACUUACAGUAAUGAUACAUACCACAUCUACGAGUUUCCAGAGGUUGAGAGCUUUGGACAGAGAGCGCCAAGGGGCAUCAAGCUGCCCUAUCCGUUCAAGGGCAACGGACACCUAGUGAACGACGGCUAUUUCUUCUACAACCCGUCGAAUCGCUCGUCAAUCGUCAGGCUGGACUUGGACCAUUCGACCGGUACGAUGCACGCUUACGGCAGACUGGAAAUGGAGCUGCCAGAGCUGCGAGUCAAUACCGGCAAUUAUCUGUACACGCCUGGUCAUAACUUCAACUACGUGGACUUUGACGUGGACGAGAACGGUUUAUGGGCUAUUUACGGCACAGCCUCAAACGGUACUGUAGUGAUGAAAGUCGAUCCCAAAACCAUGACGGCUCAAUACGCCUGGAGCAUUAGCGUUGACCACCAUAAAUACAACGAGAUGUUUGUCGCUCGCGGAGUACUGUAUGCGGUUCACAGUGCUGGCGAGUCUGCCUUCAACAUAAGUCUAGCAGUUGAUCUCUAUCAAGGCAAACACCUCGAAGGAGUUAGUCUUUCUCUCAACGCUUAUGGAAAAAUGACGCAGCUACGAUAUAAUGACGGAGCAAAAGAGUUGUAUGCUUGGGACAACGGUUCAUUGCUAGCCUACCAGGUCCGUUUUUAAGCUUCUGCAGUCAAAGCCUCGCUGCAAAAUCAUGCAGAGCUGGAAUAUCGACAACCAGGCUGACUGUUGCGGGAUUGAACGGACAAAGCCGAGCUUCAAUAAGCUGGAACACUCACACGUACACGCGAAAAAAAUUGUGAUCUUGGAUUUAAAAAUGUUUGUUAUUUUUUUCCCUGUGCUGCGUGUUUUGUCGUUGAAACGUUAAUGUAUUUUUCUCCGUGAUUUCACGAGAUACCCAAAUGCUUGGGACCUGACUAAUGGUGACGUAUUAUUUUCGUAUCGUAGAAGGGCUCAGACUUUGGACGUUUGACUGACAUUUGAUAGUCGUCUAGAAUUGAAACUAGGAAAGUAGUUUUUGCAAAAUGACCUUUUCACAAAAUAGUGUGCAUCGUUCUAUUCUGCAUGGUGUACAUAACGAGGCUGGCGGGGCUGUGUCACUGUAUGGCCAUAGCAAAUACCGUUGAGAAUGCAUUACAGUGCAAAUUGACACUCCCGACAGAUUUUUAAAUAGAACUCGCAGAUCUCACGUUCGAAUGGUAAAAUAGAUCAAUUGUGCUAUCGAGCCUCAGUCAUUGACAACGCUGACACGCGAGAGGCAGAGGGAUGCACCAGCGAAUUUCUUUGAUUCGCUGUCGUUCUUUCGGUAAAAUAAUAAUCGCCACUUUUUGUCCGACCAAUCAUCAAACGCUGUUGAACCCAAACAAAAUUGGAAGCGAAAAAAGGCAGCAGCUCGUGCGUUCAUCGAACCGCGGUAUUAUUAUUUGCCAUUCAUUUUGUUGGCGUCCGGAGCGGCAUCGAUUUUUUUUGUUCCUUGUCCCCAACCCCGGCCGCGCGCGUUCCGCUCGGCUUUUUACGCUCAAUGAUAUGUUUGCUACCACAGCGUUAUUACGUUUUCGACAUUCCUUUUUUACCACGUUAAUGGUCGCUCGACGCCUUUGUUUGGUCUUUCAUUUACCCUUUACGCGCAGCAUUUGUUGCCAAAUCCUUGGUUUGGUGAAAAAUGUAAAAGACCAAUAAAAAAAGGAUAAAACAUGCAUAGGCAUCUAGAAAAGACAAAACAAAAUACAAUAUCACUCGAUUGGAAACCAACUGCACGAUAAUUAUGUACAUUACGCUGUCGUUUCACUUCAACCUAUUUUACAAAUGUAGACAAGAUAUCAAAUAGCUGAGGUUUUAUAAUCUCCAAAGCAUUUUUUCGGAGCUGUAACAUAUUUAUAUAAUCGUUGAAACGAUACAUGUAUGUUUU